UAAAUUUUAAAUUGACUUGUAAGUUGCCAGCAUUCCAAAAAAGGGAUAUCACAAAUCUCCAGCCAGUCAGUGCAAGCUGGGCGGAGCUUUCACUGAAACCUAAACACUGACAGGUGUAUAAAUACAGCUAAGGAAGGGCACAACUAGUACACCUGUUUCUAGACAGUAGCUAGCACAAGAUUAUUUGGCUCAGUUAGCUCCCAGCUCUCAUAAUGAGUGCAUUUGAUCAACAGACACAGUCUCCACCUCGCUGUGGGCCACAGUUUCCAAAUAUUGGCCAGGAACCUCCAGAGAUGAAUAUCUACUGUGAAAGCAUCUUCCAUCCUCAGGCAAUGCCAAGUCCUCAACGACCUUCAAACUUUGAAACUGGUGACUAUAGCUCAACAGCUAAUCCCUUUCUGUGGCUCAAUGGACCCUCCAUAACACCACCUCCAUACCUUCCAGGAUCCAACUCCAGCCAUUUUAUGUCUCAGUCAUAUGGUAUGCAAAGACAGCUCAUACCUAACAUGCAUGGCUUAGGAGGAUCAGAAUUGGGUUGGCUUCCCAUUCCUUCUCAAGAAGAACUGAUGAAACUGGUAAGGCCACCCUAUUCUUACUCUGCUCUAAUAGCCAUGGCAAUUCAUGGGGCACCAGAUAAGAGACUGACACUGAGCCAGAUCUACCAAUAUGUAGCUGAUAACUUUCCCUUCUACAACAAAAGCAAAGCUGGAUGGCAGAAUUCAAUUCGACACAAUUUGUCACUUAAUGACUGCUUCAAAAAAGUUCCAAGGGAUGAAGAUGAUCCAGGAAAGGGGAAUUAUUGGACACUGGAUCCAAACUGCGAGAAGAUGUUUGACAACGGAAACUUCCGCAGAAAGAGAAAAAGAAAGUCAGAUUUGAAUCCAAAUGGACAACUUUCUUCUGAAAAGAGUGAGGGCAAUCCACUGUCUGAUAGUGAAAAACAUGAAAAGCAGCAAGGUUUGCUGGAAAGCUCAUCAUCAGGAACAGAUGACUCAUCUGAAAAUAGAUCAUCUCCACCUUCCAUUACACCAUGUCUUAAUAACUUUCUCUCCAGCAUGACUGCUUAUGUUAACAGUGCUAAUUCCGUAGGUAGGUCUGUACCACUUGGACUCAAUAAUGAAACACCUGAUAGAAUGGGACAGAAUUUGGUUGGUUUAAAUUCAUACUCUCCCCUAUCAAAUCUACAAAGCCAUGGAACUUCAGAAUGGUCAUCUGCAGUCUCAUCCAGUCCCUUUGGUUACAGCAAUUCUGUUCUUAAUCAAUUCAAUACCCAUUUCUACAACAGCAUCGGUACCAAUGGUCCUGUUUACAACAGAGAUGGCACAGAAGUAUAAAAUCUUUUUUUAAAAACAACAACAAAAACACUGUAAUUUUCUUAAUAGAACUAAAUGUUGAUUUUCAGAGAACAUGCCAUUCAUACUGCCUUCUGUUGUUCUCAUUACAAAAAAAUGAGUAGAUGCAUGGAUUUAGUUUGAUGCUUUUAAAACAUUUUGUUACAGAGACAUGUACAAUGCAAUGUAUUUUUUUUCUUCCACGUGUACAUAUAGGGUUACAUAUAUCUGUUUAGUAAUAGAUUUCAGCUCCGUUCAUAAAAACAUGGCUUAAGUUUUCCUAAAACCACAGGAUAGGCUUAACUUUGAUACAAAAGACUACAUGUGUGAUAUUUGUAACAUUGUUUUAUUAAUCAGCUACUAGUUUAUUUUUACAUAGCCUGUAAUAUGUUCAUAUACUGAAUUUCAAUUGUCUACAGCGCAAAAAUGUUACAUAUAUUAUCAUGAAGUAUAACAUAUAAAGCAUAUUCACAUUGUUAUAAAAAUGUGAAUGGUAACAUGGCUUGUUCUAUGAAUGUUGAAUAAUUAGAAAGAAUGCUUUUAUAUACAGACUACAUAGACUAUAAAAAUCUUUUGUUUUGCUAAAGAUUUGUAUUUAUAAAUGUUUACUGGGUAUGUAUGGUUUUUAAGAGCGUUACAUAUAUGGUGAAUGCAGACACAUCAUAACUUUGUAUAUAUUGUAUACGUAAAGCUGACUUCACUGUGCGGGUAAACUAUGGGUUAUUUUUUAAUAAAAUGAAAGAAAGAAGUAA